GCCGCAGCCGCCAGGGGCCGGUCCCCCGCCGGGCGGAGGAGGAGGAGGAGGAGGAGGAGGAGAGGGAGAGACGGCGGUCCCGGCCGCCGUAACCGCUCCCCAUCCCGCCCGCUGGUGCCGCCCCCAGUAUGGCGACACGGUAGAGGAGCGGCUGCGCCAGGGUGACCGCCCCCUCCCGCCUCCCUCGGCACGGGCACGGCGCGCCGCGGGCGAGCGAGCGGCCUCGGCGGCGGCGCUGCUGCCGCCGUUGCCCCCCACAGGGCUCAGCGGCGGCGGAGGAUGGCGGCGGCGGGCACGGCGGCGGCAGCGGGCGCAGCGGCAGCAGCGGCGGCGCCGAGCGGCCGCGCGGCGGGAGCCAGCAACGUCCCGAGCAGCUCAUGGUGGCGCCCCAGACCCGCGAGCAGCGGCCGCGCCGGGGCCGCCAGCUGAGCCGGAUCCCGGCGGGCGGCUCUCCCCUCUCGACACCGACCCACCGAGCGACCCGUUCCCCUUUCCCCGGCGCGCCCUCUUCCCCCCCCUCCCCGGCGCGACCCGUGCCUCGGAUCGCCCCCGCCGGGGCCGGACUCCCGCCACCCCCGGGGCGCCGCGGGGAAGGCGGCGGCGAAGUGCACCGGGCGGCGGCGGCGGGACCAUGGGCGCCAAGCAGAGCAGUCCCACCGCCGCCAAUGGCCGCACCCGGGCGUACUCGGGCGGGGAUUUACCUUCCUCCAGCAGCAGCAGCAGCGGCGGCGGCGGCGCUAACGGGACCGGCGGGCGCUCGGCAGGCGCUGGCGGGCGGUACGCGCACCUGGCGGCGGCGCCGCAUGCUGCUCCCGGCGGCGCGGCGGCGGCGGCAGCAGGAGGAGCGGCGGCGGGGGGUGCCGCGGGGUCGGCACCCCGGAGCAGGUCCUUAGGAGGGGCCACCGCCUCCGGGGCCCGGGCGGCGCAGUCCGCCUUCAACAUCCCCCACAGCAGCGGCCCCUACGGCUCGCAGGACUCGGUCAGCAGCACCCCGGAGGAGGGCGGCCGGGAGCGGCCCGCGGGGGGCGGCGGCGGCGGCUCCGGCUCCUCCGGCGGGCCCCGGCUAGUGAUCGGCUCGCUGCCCGCUCACCUCUCGCCGCACCUGUUCGGAGGAUUCAAGUGCCCUGUAUGUUCAAAAUUUGUAUCUUCCGAUGAAAUGGAUUUACAUCUUGUGAUGUGUUUGACAAAACCAAGGAUAACCUACAAUGAGGAUGUGCUGAGUAAAGAUGCUGGGGAGUGUGCAAUAUGCCUGGAAGAGCUGCAGCAAGGAGAUACUAUAGCACGGCUGCCUUGCCUCUGCAUAUAUCAUAAAGGCUGCAUAGAUGAAUGGUUUGAAGUAAAUAGAUCUUGCCCUGAGCAUCCAUCAGAUUAAGACAAGAUUCAUGUUUUUAGCUGCUUCCACUGAUCAGAAAACAUAGGAGACGUGAGGUUCCCUUGCUGAACUGCCUGGCUUGAGACUUCCAGUUUUUUGUGGCUGAAAAAGGCAAAGGUGGACAGUGACAUGGAAAAAGCAUUGCAGACACCGGUUGCUUGCCAGUAGUGCUCAGUAUACCAAACACUCAUGCAAAGGACACACAGGGAUCUUGAAAAUGCUGCACAUUCUCUAACAAUCAACUCCCCACAAACAUUAUUGACACUAUUUUGUAUUGAAGGCCAAAGUUUGUAAUUUCAGCCUAAGUUCCAGUUCUGUGAAGAAGCGGGUUGUUGGACAAGUUUCCCACUGCCUCAAGUGGAAAUGGAGACGUUCGAUACGCGCUAUCCGAGACCCUGGCAGGAGGACGGCCCCGGGUUUGAGUGGGAACGUUUUCACCUUCUCGUUGGCUGAAGAAGAGUAAAUGGCAAACUAAAUAUAAUCUAACAGUGUGACCUUACUUUACUGAAUUCACACCCUGUUUUACGUUCUUCACUUUUUUUCAAGAACAAAAAACAUAAACUUCUCUGCAUAGGAAUAUUAUAUUUCAAAAUUUUGUAACUAAACCUUUGUCACAAUGCAGUCCAAAGAGUAAAACCAGGACAGGUAACUAAUUUAUAUUGAUCCAGCUAUAGGGGUUGUUGAAAUCUGCAUAUUGUAUUGCUAUUUAAGUAACUAAAACUUCUCUUUUACUGCUUGUGAGUAAAAACAACAAAAAAAAAUGCAGCAAAGCAAAAUCUUACAGCUAUGCAACUUUUUUUUAAAUAGGAAAAAAAGAAUUACCAAUUUUAAGUGCUGCCAGUUAAGGUAAUUUGUUUAACGGGUAUUUUUUUAAAAAUGUUUCAGGUAAUUAUUUUAUUGUACUACUCUCAUCUCCAGGCUGCCUCCUGAGGUGUAAAUGAAUAACUGCAAAUGUGGGCACAGCGAGAGGGUUUUUUUACAGGCAUGGGUGAGAUAACAUCGAGGUGGGAUUUAAGUUUAAUUUUUAAAACACACGCAAGUUUUUGUUUCCUUGUUUAAAUGGUUGUGUUUUUUUUUUGAUGUCAGGAUCUUAGUACUUUGCAUCUAAAUCCUUGGUGUCUACAUGGAGACCAGCAUUUGACAGCGUGGUUUCUUUCUUUAAAAAAUGCACCUGCAUUUGCUUAAUUUAUUAAUAAUUUACUGUAUUAUGUUGGUAUAACCAGGCCUCCAUGAAACACAGGAUGUCUCUGUGGGGUUACACCAAGUAAAACUGUGGAUUAGUAUUAGUUCCCAUAAAGUAUCGCAGUUUGGGGGGUGGGGUGGGAUAAUAAACUGGAACAGAUAGAUAUCAGGGCUUAGAAGCAUACUUUUUAUAUCAAGAAUUAAUUGUAGUAGUUUCUGAAUUUCACAGCACAGGGAAGAUUGUUUGAAUAUUUAUUAGUGACAGCAUUUUUAGUGGGUUUCAAUAGUUAAAUUGCACAACGCUUCAAACAUUUUUCUUACACAUACAUAAUUCUGCUUUUCUUCUUUAGUUGCGUACAUAUUUCUCUGUUGCUACUGUGAUUCAUAUCAAAAAGGGCAAAGAACAGGAGCAACUGCUGCUAUCUGGAGAACAAGUGCAGUGCAUGUUAAUAAACUCUCCUAUCUUGCUUGCAGAGCAAUUCUUGCCUGGAUAACAUUUUCUCCUGAAUGUUGCUCUGUAAAAUGCCUUUGUUUUGCUGCAAAUCUAAAAGAGUCUAAACUAGAUAAUCGCUGGUGCAGUUUCUACACUUUGGGGCUUGCAUCACUGGUUUCAGCUGAACCUGUAACUGUGGGGCCGCGUUGUAUUAUCUUUUUUCAGUGGGAGCAGAACCAUUUUGUCACACUUUCAAUUCUGUAGUCACAUCAAAUGUACAGUUGUUCCCUGUACAGAUUCCUUUUUAGCUGAGAAUAUUUGUGUUGCCUUGUAUUACUGUGGGGGGGAGGGAGCGGUUGAAGAACUACAGCACCUGUAAUACUCAAAUAGCGGUGUUGCCUGCAGGCCCACUUUUCCAACGUUUAAAAUUCCUGCUAUCUUCUGAAAGUAAAGCUUUUGCAUUUGCAUUGAUUUAAUGUUUACUGUUGGCUUCAUGCCUACAGAAACUCACCUGUAAUAAUGUAAAGGGGUUAGGUAAGUGUUUUGGUGUCCUGUGCUCGGAGGUCAUCGUCAGUCUUUGGCUUGGGGAUUAAGUAGAUAAAUAUUAUAAACAUGAAUCUGUUUACAACUUAAACUCAGUUUUGGUAGUUCAUGUUUCUAGUUCAUUUACUGUUUUUUCAAAAACCUUAAUUUUCUGUAUUCAGAUGCAAGUAGCUGGUUUAAAGACCCAGCAGUUACCACUGCUGUCCUACGUUUAGGACCAGUGUUUGAAAAGCACGCCACUAGCAAUCGCACUGAUGUGUGGUUUUGCAGGCAAGAGUCCAUUGCUGCUUCCGUCAGCAUGGUAGAGCGGCAAUACCUUGGAUUAUUUGUGGAACUGAUACGAAGCAGCCUUAGAUCCUAGUUUGGCAUAUUUGGUAUCCAUAAAUCUCCUCCAAAAGGCUAUAGGAGGUUUUCUUGUAUCAAAACCUGUAAUACAGACCAAACCUGGAAUGACCCCAGAAGCAUGAGUGUGAUGCUUGGGUUUGAAAAUGCCUGUGGCAAUUCACGUAUGUAAGCUUGCUGCCACCAGCUGUGCUGGUCAGUUGGUGAUGACCAUGCUGUAAACAUAGCGCUAGUCAUAGGGAACACCUUCAUUUUAAAAACAUCCUCGCAGUGGUCCCGAAUCAUUGUGCUUCAGAAGGGGAAAAUAAACACCAAACAAGUCCUGUGUCUCGAUCAAGGAAUACCACACGUGUCCACAAGAAGCAAUAACUUAAAUUACGGUGCGAUAUGCUUCUUUGCUUGUAAAUAUACUGAGGUUGCCAAUUCUGUGCUGUUUCAGAGUAUUCUCUGUCGUCUGGCCUAUAUCUUCCCUAAGUAUGUAAGGGUGUGAAAUAAUUCCCAUACUCAGGUCUGCCAUAAACAUGCUGCUUGCCAGAAGGAGAAGAGUAGACUUAACACUGUAUUGAAAUGUGAGAUUUUUCUGAACUUGUAACAUACCCAUGUAUCUUGAGUAGCAACUUGUGUUUUGAUGUUCAUAGUGGAGGUGGCUAUGAGUUGGACUGUAAAUAACCCUACUCUGUACAACACCAAGAGAGCCAUGCUACUGUCAGCACAGGGCACCCAUUGUCCUGGCUCUUAUAAAGCAGUGUAUCUGUAAUAACACUUCCCUUUUGGAGGAGGUAGCUGAUUUUCUUUCAAUGUGUACAUUCAGCAAUGAGUUCAGUGGGACAUAAAAGCAAAAAUAUGAAGCACAGCGCAAAUUUGUGGUAUUUUAUUUUUGGGAAGAAUAAAGUGUAAAACAGAUGGUCUUAUUUGUAAUCAAUUUAACUUUCAUAUUCAAGAGUAAGCGUUCUGCAGUAUUUUGAAAUGGAAAAUAUGUAGGUAAUGUACAAAGACGUGGGUGGAUACUUGUGACCUUUUUUCCCCCUCUGCUCCCUCCCUUUAUGAUGUAAAGGGGGUUUUAUGACUUAAUCUCAAAAGUCACACAUUUAUCCUAGUUCUUAAUGCUAGGAGCACUGGCUUUUUAAUUAAGUCUUUGCUGAAAGGCUGGAGAGCUGGUAAAACUGAUUCCCAGGAAACUAAAAUCUCAGCAAAUGUGGGAAAGAUAAUUUUCACUCAGAAAUGUUGAUCUUUGGUAUUCCUGAUUGGAUAAUGUCUAAUACGCAAGAUGUGCUCACAGACGCUUUUCGUAUGGUGCCUUUUCCAUGUGAGGGCUCCAGAAACUUGCUCCAUUUCUUCUGUUCCACCAAAAGCAGGGAACACAGCACUUGAAUUUUACUGCUAUCUGUACUUAAACAGCAACAAAGCACACGUUGGUUUUGAUAUAGGCCAUGGUCUCUCUGAGGUUCUGUGAAUGUUAGCUGCUUUCCCAUCCUGGAAAAGAAUAUUUGUGCAAAUUUGGUAUUGCUGUUUUGUACCUACUCAUUUUUUGCUGCACAGCUGGGAGUUCCCUGCCGAGAGACUACCUACCAUAUACCCGGGAAUGCAGAAGUGCUACUACUGGAUCUUCCAGCUCACCUUUGCCAGUGGAGGAUUAUCCCGUUUUCUUUUUUUAUGGGUUCUGUGUUUUAUUAUUCACUUUCCAUCCUUCCAAGCUUAAAAGUAAUUUUAAUAUAAAUUUCUUCUCUUCCUAGCUGAAGACAUGAUACGUUUUAGGCCAUAUCUUUGGACAGGCUUUCCAUCAGCAUCAGUAAAAGCAACAUAAAAGGCUGCAGCUGGAAGAGGGAGGCUUCUUAGGGGUUUUGCUACGACCCAGCGAAAACAUGUUUUUUCCUGCAGAGGUGUCAUCAGCUCAUACCACUUAACUUCAUGUAGUUCAAGUGCAUGAGAAAUUCAUGACAGAACUAUGUCCAGGGUUUGUUUCCCAAAUGUAAAACUAGGGAUGUUUCUCCUCAUGAAUUAACCUGCUUCUAAAAUCAGGUUGAAGAUGUUUUAGCCUGUUGGGGGAAGAAAACCCAAACCAGUCCUUACUCUCAAGUUGUCUUAAGCAGCAUUUUGUUAUCUUACUACACAGUUCGGCUGGCUUCCCAAGCCACUGCAUCGUGUUCUGUAAAGUCAUUUCUCAACUAAGUACAUCAGAGCUGAUGAUGGGAUAAACUGUAAAAUGACCUCACUGUGGGACAUUACUAGUUGCUGAAGACUUGCUCAGGUAAACCAUUGUAGGAAUAUCCUACACCUGAAAAAGGUUGGACUUGGUUGUCUUUUGAUCUAUUAAGUUGCCAGUGUACAAGAAGUAGGAGGCAGCAAGCCCGCUAGCAGGUCUUUCUGGCAGCUUUUAAUCUAUGUACGUUUGUUUGAGAGACUUUUGCCCUUGGGUGUGUUUUGGCAAAGAUUUUGCAAUGAUAAGUAGGAUUUGCUUGAUUCUGGCAGAGUUUCAAGUCUAAGUAACCCGACGUUGCAAGAACGUAAUCUGUUGCUGAAUCCUGUUCCUCUUGUUUUCCCUCAAAUCUGUCCUUUUUAUUGCUAAUUUGUUAUAUUUAAUAGUAAACACUUCUCAACUUGACUGGUUGCAGGCUCUCAAGGUGUGAAAUGCUAGCAGGAAGAGACAUCAGAGUGUGAUUAUGUGCUCUUCCUGUAUAUAUUAAGAUGAAGCUGAAGUAUUCGUUAUCGUACAGCUGAGAAUCCUCUCCUAGCUGAUAUUGCCAAAGUACUGUAACUUUCAAGGAAGAAGGGAGGUGGCUUAGCUGUAGAGGGGGCGUCCUAAUGAACUACUUAAUUUUAAAAGCUGCAGCAUCACGCUGAACAAGUGGUGAUCCAGCAUUAACCUUACCGCUUGACUGCGAAUCUCAUUCUGGCUCUCCCUACCCUUUGGCGGGUACCUGCUGGUAGGGAGCAAAGUGUAGAGUCCCCUCUUCCCUUCUCACAGCGCUAACCCUGCCCACGACGAGUUAGAGGGAACUCCGUGCUGUCUUCUGAAAUGCCACCCGUACGUGCAGUGGUAAUGGACAAGAUGUCUUCCUUCAUUACCCCGAGCAGAAAUCGGAAUGUAAUCUGCAAUGUCUAAUGUAAAACAUGUCUGUAUUUUUUUUUUUAAAUUGAGCAGUAUGAUUACAAGCUGACUUAAGUUGUUCUAAGGUACUCUUUUCCAUGGUCUGCCAGUACAUAAUCAUGAAUGAAAAUAUUUUUUUAUUGAUUUUUAGGUUGUACGUUUAACAUUCCAUCCAUGUAAAAUAUGUACAAAUAUAUGUAAUAAAUCUUUUGAAGCACAA